ACUCACUGCGCAAGGCGGGCGGAUGGGUUUGGGGCUCUGGGUGGGGUCGGGUGAGUGAGCGGGGGAAGUUGAGCACCUUCAGUAAUGGAGCAGCGAAGUUGGGCACCUACAGUAACGAAACAACGAAGCUGAACACCAGGUUUUUCUCCAUUUUCAACUCCACCUUAAUGCCCUGUUAAGAUGUCCUUAACCCUCACCGAAGAACAGAAGAAAAAGAUAGAAGAGAAUCGGCUGAAGGCUCUUGCUAGAAGAGCUGAGAAGUUAGCCCAGCAAAGUAAAAGCAUAGCGUCAGGCCCCACCUCCAUCCCCAGGACAGUGCACCAGAACAAUCCCAGACAUUCAAGCAUCCUGGAGAACAUAGCAGAAGAGUCCUCUCGUGGGGGCUGCAGUGCUGUUAAUACCAGUCAGCAGAAUCCCCAUGUCUCACAGACUGAAGUCAUGGCAUAUCAUGUUUCCGGAAGUUUUCCUCCUGAUAUGCCGGAGACAACGAUGCGAAAGAGGGAAGAGAAAAAAAGUUCAGCCAGCCCGGUCCACAUUUCAAGUCCAGUGGCUUUCAGUGAGAUCUCUCAUUCUCUAGCACAGGACUCUUUAAAGAACCCCAGCCAGCAGAUUUCUGGUAAGCUAGCUCAAGGUCAUCCAUGCCCCUCUCACCAGUCCAAGCCUGCAGCCUCAACCAGCUCUAUCCAUGGACCUUUGGGUGAGCCAGGGCACUCACAGAAUUUGCAGGCUGCUGCUUCUGGACUAGUGGAUGACCCAAGUAGACAGUCGCUCAGUGCCACUGUGAGCCUCUCCACCCCUCAUCCUGAAUGUCAGGAAACAAUUGGACACUCCAGUUCCGUCCAUAAGAACUUUUCUGACUCAGGGAGUCAGUCUGAGGAGAAGAAUAGAAAGCUUCAGCAGGCUCUUCAGGCCUCUCCUCGGAAAGCAUUCAGCUCUCAGAAAGGGAAAUGCACCAAGAAGGAAGGAGGCCGUUUCCAGGUGGAGAUUGGAUAUAAUUCAGAGCUCCUUGCGGUGUUUAAAAGUCUGCCCAGCAGAAAGUAUGAUCCUGUUACUAAAAUGUGGGAUUUCAGCCUAAAAGACUACAGGCCUCUAAUGAAAGCCAUCCGGGACCUUCGCACAAUCACAUUGCAGCCCCUGGAAGGACCUGAUACCACGGCUUCUGCCUUGAAGUCUUCAGGGUCGGAGCCCACCGGUGAAGUGCCUCCACAGCAGCUCCAACCUCACAGCAAGGGCUUUGCCAGCAUCAAAGGCCGAUGUGUGCUCAUCUCCCGAACCCGCUUUGAGGCAGACAUUGGCUUUACUGAAGAUGUGAUUGCGAUAUUUAAACAGAUGGGUUCCAGGAAGUAUGAUGUGAAGACCAGGAACUGGAAUUUUCAUUUGGAGGAUCACAAAAGACUAAUGGAAGAGGUUUGCAAGCUUCCAGGCGUCCAGCUGGAACCUUUGCCCAAGGUGGUGCUCCAGACUUUUGCUAACCACCUUGAGAAGAAGUCUCCUCGCCCAGAUGAAGUCCCCGAGGCCGACCUCUCCACAGUAGAUUCAAAACUUGUGUCUGGUUUGAUGCCCUUCCAGAGAACUGGAGUCAAUUUUGCUGUGUCCAAGGGAGGCCGUUUGCUUCUUGCAGAUGAUAUGGGUUUGGGAAAAACGGUUCAGGCCAUCUGUAUUGCUGCAUAUUACCGGAAAGAGUGGCCUCUGUUAGUUGUCACGCCUUCGUCAGUGCGGUUCACCUGGGAACAGGCAUUCCACCGAUGGCUGCCUUCCCUCAGCCCAGAGAGCACCAAUGUGGUAGAGACGGGGAAGGACAGUUUGACAGCUGGCUUGAUCAACAUCUGUAGUUUCGACCUCCUGAGCAAGUUGAAAAAACAAGUAAAAACUUCCUUCCAAGUAAUCAUUAUUGACGAGUCGCAUUUCCUGAAGAACAUGAAGACCGCCCGCUGUCGAGCUGCGAUGCCUCUCCUCAAGGCUGCUAAGAGAGUGAUCCUACUGUCUGGGACCCCAGCCAUGUCACGGCCUGCAGAACUCUACACACAGAUCGUGGCCAUCAAGCCACACUAUUUUCCUCAGUUCCAUGCCUUUGGGUUACGCUACUGUGAUGCCAAAAAGUCGCCUUGGGGAUGGGAUUAUUCUGGUUCUUCCAAUCUUGGAGAACUGAAGCUUCUCCUAGAAGAGUCUGUCAUGCUCCGACGGCUCAAGUCCGACGUCCUCUCCCAACUCCCAGCCAAGCAGCGCAAGAUGGUGGUGGUUGCCCCAGGGCAGAUGGAUGCCAAGACCAGAGCUGUCCUGGCUGCUGCAGCAAAGGAAAUGACCACAGAGAAGAAGAGUAAGCGGCAGCAGAAGGAAGCCCUGCUCCUUUUCUUCAACAGAACAGCAGAAGCGAAAAUCCAGCCUGCCACUGACUAUAUCCUGGAUUUAUUGGAAAGCGGGAGAGAGAAGCUCCUAGUGUUUGCACACCACAAGCUGGUCCUGGAUGCCAUCAGCGAUAAGCUGCAGAGAAAGCAUAUCAGCUACAUCCGCAUCGAUGGAGCCACAUCCUCAGCCGACCGCCAGGCCCUAUGCCAGCAGUUCCAGCUGUCUGGGAAGUACGCCGUGGCGGUCCUCUCGAUCACAGCAGCCAACAUGGGGCUCACCUUUUCCGCUGCCGACCUGGUGGUGUUUGCAGAGCUGUUCUGGAACCCAGGGGUAUUGAUCCAAGCAGAAGACCGAGUACAUCGCAUUGGGCAGACCAGCUCUGUGAGCAUUCACUACUUGGUAGCAAGAGGCACAGCGGAUGAUUACCUAUGGCCUCUGAUUCAAGAGAAGAUUAAAGUCUUAGGCCAAGCUGGGCUAUCUGAGACCAAUUUUUUAGAACUGACCGAAGCCACUGAUUAUUUCCACAAGGACCCAAAGCAGAAGAAGAUCUAUGACCUCUUUCGAGCAUCCUUCUUGGACGAUACAGAUGGAGAUGAUAUAGACGAAGCUAUGCUGCUGGAGGCAGCAGAAGCCUGUGAGAGAGGAGCCUCCUUAGAGAUGUCAGAGAGUGUUUACCCGGAUGGAGCCAGCCUCUGGGAAGAGAGCUCACCUAAGAAGAGGCGGAUUACUGACUUUUUUGAUCAAAAAUGACAGGAGAGACUUGUCCGUUGGCUCUCAGAAGACCUUAAAAGAAAAUCACUGAUAGUUUAAAAAUAUACGCAGUAAAAUAAAGCAAGUUGUCUUCUGUUUUUUCA